AUGGCGGAGGUUGAGAGAAUGGUGCAAGAUAUGGGGCGCUCCUGCAGCAUGUGUAACACAGGCCCAAGGGGUCUCAUCAGAGGAACCAUUAAGGAGAUCAUUGGAGGUCAUGAAGCACAGCCUCAUUCACGUCCAUACAUGGUGAUUGUUGCGUUAUUUCAAGAUGGCGAGUGGAAAAGAUGUGGUGGUUUCCUUGUGGAAGAAGAUAUUGUCCUGACAGCAGCUCACUGCUGGGGAAGCCCCAUGGAUGUAUUCUUGGGGGUCCAUGACAUUUUGUUGGAAGAAAACACAUGGCAGAAUAUUGAUGUGAAAAAAGCCAUCCCCCACCCUAAGUAUAGCAAUAAGACUGAUAAUAAUGACAUCAUGAUACUACAGCUGGACACAAAGGCCCAACUGACUGCAGCUGUGGGCCUAAUCCGCCUGCCUGGAGAAAGUGACCAUGUGAGGCCUGGGCAGGUGUGCAGUUUGGCUGGCUGGGGCAAUAUCUCUGACAGUGAACGAACAACCAAGCUGCAUGAGGUGGAUCUUGUUAUUCAGGAGGACUUCCAGUGUGAGAGCCGCGAGCCGGAUUAUGACAGGACCACUGAGCUGUGUGUGGGAGACCCUGAGAAAAAGAUGUGUUCCUCUGAGGGAGACUCUGGAGGUCCCUUGGUAUGCAGAAAUGUGGCCCAGGGUAUUUCUACCUCUGGAAGGGAAAAUCCAACUUCCCCAUGUUUCUUCACCAAAAUCUCCAGUUUCUUACCCUGGAUAAAGAAAACUAUUAAAGUUCUCCACCUGGAAGAAUCACCCUGA